AUGAAGCCACCUGGCGUGCAAGUGAAUGAAACUGAUGAACCUAGUCGUGGCAGAAAGGUAUACGAUCAAACAAUUUAUGUUACCGCCUUGGAGCGAGGUACGCGCGAUCGUUCUCCGAGGCGAAUUGAACCGCUGCCCGAUCGUAUAGAGCUUAAAAUAAGCCCACAAAAGAAUCAUCGCGGGCGCAUGAAGUUUUACCGGGCUCGUAGUAUCCCGGAAUUAUGUCGCAUCACGCUUAAACCCACCGGGGAAACGUCCCUUGAGCAAGGCCGGAUGGAAGAAGUAUAUAUUACGCAAUAUACACACUCCUUCGACCGUGAGAUCAAGAAGCCUCACAUAGUGGCCUGGAAACUAGGUUUCGAAGGCAGUGACGUAGCUCACAGAGAUAGCAAGUUGUGUGUAGUCAAUUCACCGGUAGGGUCAAAACCCGGGGCCUAUCCAGAACGUCGGAGAUCUGCCCCUCCCGGCUCUUUUGUCUUUAAUUAUGAUGCACUGGAUAUGCCUGAGCCCGUGCACCGCAGAUCGAAGUCUUUGGGCUUGUAUAUGGACGAUCCUUUAGAUUUCGAUAAAAUGGAUUCCCAGGUGGGAACAAGUGCCGGUGGGACGAUAGAUACCGAGGUGGGAGAAAGUUCCGGUGGGAAAUUGAGACCCCUGGCUCAUGAGAUGAUAUCUGCUCAGAAGGUUCAGCAAGUCGAAAGCGUUGAUUCGAGUUUUUGGGAUGAUGCCUUUGACGGUUUUGAUAGUGGAGAAAAUUACAACAACGGCACCAACAAUGACGUCAGAAAUAAUGGCAUAAAUGACGUCAGGAAUGGUGACAUCACGAAUGGUGACGUCACUACUAAUGACGCCAUGAUUGAUGACGUCAUGACUGAUGGCGUCACAACCAAUUACGUCAGAAGUGGUGAUGUCACACCUGGCGAUCGCGAUUCACGCGAAGAUAGCACGCAAGAUCCUGCAAAACAAGCACUUUCGUUGAUCAGCACGCUAAGAUCGACCGUGAAGAAACCCGACAUUGAAACGUUUCUUCGCUCCGUGCACGAAACGCAGACAUCCAAAACGUUCCCGGAAUCCAACAGCAAGAACCGUCCGUCAAUGAUAAACCAAUCGAAAGAACUCGCGUUCCAGGAAGUUUCAUACCGGCAUAACGUCCCUCACGGAACUUUGCCCCAAGAGUCGCCACAGAAACUCACACCUCGUAUUGUCGCUAAUAAUCCUCGUUCAGAAUUCACGUCGGAAAUUAUACCUCGAAAACUUGCACCCCAGGAAGAUUUACCCCAGAAUGUGGGACCUCAACUAAACUCUAAAUCUGAUCCUGAAACAAAAUUGAAAAGAAGAUAUACAUCGAAAUCUGAAGCGACCACAAUGAUAACUAAUCAUUCUGCAUCAAAACUGGACCAGAUUCACCCCACCAGUCAGAUACCAAGAGAGUCUGAUCCAGAGAUAAAAAGAAAAUAUGAAACAAAACCUAGAUUGGAAAAACUCGUAAAGAUUACCAGUCAUUCUGCCUCAGAAUUGAGCACAAUUGGUCAAGCUAGAUUCCAACCUCAACAGAGCAUCCCAAGACAUGAAAAUAAUCCUCAAGUAAACUCAAUGUAUUCCUAUCAACCUACGAAUGAAAUGAAUAAGAAACCUUCGAGACAGUUCACAACAGAAAUAAGCGCAGUUUCCCCAAAGAAACCUAGCCAGCAACCUGAAGAAGAACUAAAGCCUGAGACAAACACCGCCUCUCGUAAUGGAAUUAUUGAAACGGACAAAAAAUUUCAAUGUGAACCAAAUUCUGAGAUGAACAGAGAUAAUAUUCUUCCCAAGACUGAUGUAUGCUACACUCAUUCAAAACCUGGGACCACUGACGUUAUCGAUGGCCAAUCGAUAACUGAAGAACUGUCGAUAAAUAAUCCAUUGACAACUAAUCAAUUGAUAACUAAUCCACCGAUUACCAAUUAUCAAGAAUCCGAAUUGGAAUCAAAUGGUAAAGAAGUAAUUUCCAAGCACAAAACUGAUGCUCACCCAAAGCAAACUAGUCAGUAUGUUGAUCCCAAAACACAGACUAAAUCUGAAGUUAGGGACACAAGUUAUGAGAACUAUGAAAAUGUUAAAUCAAGCCGUUUUGAUCAUUCGAAGCAAGUUGAGAGUAACGUUUACCAGGCCCAAGGCAAGUUUGAAUUUAUAACAAACAGAACGCCAACACCAGAACAGGAAAACGACUAUUACCAACUACCUAAAUCUGAGUUAAACACAAUGGAAAGAUCUGAAACCAGCUACCGUAUUCCUCCUAAACAAGUUAAAAACGAUCGACCGAAUACAACUUGUGAACAAGUAACACCUAGCCAGCGUGAAGACUAUUAUCAACAACCAAAUAUUGAAGUUAGGAGAAAUGGAACAGUUGAAACAAAGCAGAGUAGUUAUCUUAAACAAGUUGAAAACAAAGGUUACAACUCUCAGCCACGAUCUAUACAGAAUCCAACUUCUGAAAUAACGCGAGAAUAUGAUGAAGGUUAUUAUCAACAACCAACGUUCGAAGUUAGAACAUUGGAAACAAACCAGAGUAGUCAUCCUAAACAAAAUGGAAACACAGUUCCCAACAGAAAGUCAAACUUCACAUCAAACAGAACUGCUGAACAAGGAAGUAACCCUGACCAGAAUGAAGAUUACUAUCAGAACAUGAAUUCUCAAGUGAGGACGUUGAAAACAGCUGAAAUAACGAACCAAGAUGAAGAUUAUUAUCAACAGCCCAAUUCUAGAGCAAGGACAUUAAAAACUGUUGAAAUAAAUCCAAGUAUUCAUUCGAAACAAGUUGGAGUCUACAACAAAAAUUCGUCGAACAAAACCCCACAACAACUAACACCGGAACAGCACGAAGGAUAUUAUCAAGAACCGAAUCGUCAAGUUAGGAAAGUGGAAACAGAAAACAUACAUCUAAAACAUGGCGACGUUCAUAACAAUGACUUCACCAACAAAACUCCACAAAAUGAACAAUAUUAUCAACAACCUAAAUUUGAAGAACGAAGGAUAACUACACAAAAUUAUCCAACGGAAUUUGAAACGAAUACAAGCCUUUACGAAGAACCCAAAGAUUCGACGCUUUCUUCCGCAAAAUGUCCGCUGGAUCAAAGUGUUGCUCAAAGAAAUGAUAAAGAUUACAAAAAACCGUUGCCAGAAAUCCCAAAUGAACGAAAAACAAGUGAAAGCUAUUACGAAAUGCCAAUGGAUAUAAACCCAUCCCCCAUAAGAUGUCCUCUUGACGAAAAGAGUGCUGAGAAAAACGAACGAAGAGACAGCUAUGAACAAGUGGUUGAGCAUAUUUACGAACAGCCAAAUUUUGCAACAGAAAGAGUUUAUGAACAGUUUGAUUAUGAAAAGAUGAAAUCGCCUUCAAACUUGCUCAACACAAGUUUUUAUGCAAUACCUAAAUCUGAAAAGGAAGUUAUUUACGAGCAACCGGACAAAAAUGUUUAUGAAAAUAUUAAUGGUGGAGUGGACAAAAGACAUCCUCAUUCCAAGCUCAUGAAUAACGAGCAACCUAAAGCUGAAUUGUCGAGUUCUCUUCAGCAGGAAAACAGGACGAGAAGUGACAUUCCAGCCCAUGAAAGUCUUCACACAGCUCAAAUUAAUAAUGAUAAUACAAGAGAGAAUAAGAAUUCUGGGUCUACUAGAUAUUCUGGUUCUUCAACAAACUCCCUCGAGCAUGGUGACAAUUUGAAUCGAGAAUACAGUGAAAACACUGGCUCUAGGUAUAAAAACCUCGAUACUAAACAACAUUCCACAUCUUCUCUGAGAUCGAAAAGUAACGGUCAGUCAACUCGUGUGACGUAUACUGGCGAAGUUGAUACAAAAAAAUCCGUUGUGUCCACUACGUCAUCGGUACGAAUUGACCAAUCAGAUGGAAGGAUUUCCGAAGGUGGUCCAAAAAGUCGAAGUAUGUCUUUUGAAGGUGAGUUACUUCUCCAGAAUCCUGAGGUCGAGGUGUUCGAGGAAACGCCAAAGAGACGAGCGAGACAUAAAGCUAGGAAAACACCAGACGAGGAAAUCUCCCAGCCGAGUGUAUACAGUAAAACCACUCCCAGUAAAGCAAGCUACAGUAACACAAGCCUUGCAAGGUUCUCAUCAUUUAACAGCGAAGCCUCGUACAAGAGAAGAUUGACUUCAGCUUGGAUUGAACAGCAGAGAUUGAACUUUAGAAAAGCUGUGAGUAGAGAGCCGAGUUUAAGGCGAACAAAAUCAGUUGAGUUUCACAAAGAACGAACGCCGUCGGAGGACACUGCAGAUUAUAAACUAAGACAUGCUAAAAGUGAACUGAGUUUUGAACAUCUAAACGCAAUGUAUAAUCCGUUUGAUGACAAGUAUUUUGAUGUGAACCCCGAUAGACAGCCAGCGAAAGUCGUACAUGCCUCACCCUCUCAAGUUAUUACAAAAGCAAAGUCGCUUGAGCGCAGAGUUCAGAAAGUUGAAGAGCCUAAAAGUUUAUCGCAAGCGAUUGCUCCAACAAGAGCCAGUAAAGAUAGUUUAACAAUAACACCACUUGAAAAGAACGCCAAGCCUACAAACCAUGGAAAUAGAGAUUUAUCCAUGGAUGGAAAUUUAUCAAGACAAGAUGACGUGGUAACAAAAAGCGAGAUUCGGCCGUGGGGAGAACUGUCUACUUCGAGUCAACAAUCUAAACCUCGUCCAAAAUUUGAAGUUGAUCUAAAAACUUAUGAACCUAACAGUCUGUCGAUGGACAAAAAUAUAGAAAGACUGGAUACGAUGCCAACACGUGAAGUUAAGCCAAGAUCUGGAGUUCGUCCAAAAUCUGCCGAUGUGUCAGGAUUUGAUAUAACAAACUAUAACAGUGGACCUAGGGAUGUACCGAUGGACGAAAAUCUGCAUAAACGGGAUAGAAUGUUGGCAAAUGAUGCAGUUAAGCCUAAUUCAAAUGAAAGGCCCAGAGUUCGUCCGAAAUCUGCCGAUGUUUCAGGAUUUGAUAUAACAAACUAUAACGGUGAAGCUAGGAAUGUACCGAUGGAAGAAAAUGUGCAUCAUAAACAGGAUGGAAUGUUGACAAAUACUGAAGCUAAGCCUCGUUCAAACCAAAGGCCUAGAGUCCGUCCAAAAUCUGCCGAUGUUUCAGGAUUUGAUAUAACGACUUAUAAUGAUGAACCAACACUAAAGCAUUCAAAAAGCGAGCUAAGCGUGAACCAAUUGAAAGCCAUGUAUGAUCCGUAUGACGAGAACUCGUGGUUUUCCCUCGAGCCUGCCUCGCAAAAUGUGAGCCAAUCAGAUUCAAGACAAGUUGAAGUGACCGUACAUGACGUAGUACAUCGACGAACUCGUUCCGAGCCCGAGAGUCGAGCGGAUAGAUUGAAAAGUGGCGGGAAAAUGAAACAGCCUGAGCCUGAAAUAAGAAAAGCGGAAUUAGGAAACUUAGAAGCAGAGCCAAAAAAUAUCACGAAACUGAACAGUUCAUCGGUUUUGUUGUUAAAUGUUGUUGCAGUUGGGGAAAAUGACGAGACUAAGAACCCAAAAUUUAAGAGGAAUGCAGUUAGUAAGUCAAUGUCGAAUAUUGUAUCUGUUACGGCAACUGAGAUUGAAAAUGAGAAGCGUUUGACAACGCUAGAAAGUAGAGAUACUCGUAGAGAAUCAACAAGAAAUGUCAAACCAAACAAGACGGGAGACCAUACGGUUGAAGGUAGGGGCUCAACAUCUCAGAAUGACAAACCAAUUGAAAAACUCCGAGCUCGAUAUAUUAUUGGUGGCGAAAGAGCCAGUGUGAGGUAUCUGUCAAAAUCUAGCGACGAACUUACAUCAAAUGAUAAUGAUGCCAUGACAAAGGAGACAUCAACACAACUUCAAGGACAACCAGCCGUAAAACCAGUAAAAACUCCGAAAAAAGAUUUCGGAAUUCGGAAUUUCUUCGGGAAGAUUAGAAGAACAAAGUCCGAACCAAAUUUAGACAAAACUUUCGAUAUUCUUGACAUAGAUUCUGAUCAUGGUGGGAAGAAGAAAAAUUCUCAGAAAUUGAAAGAAGACGAGAAAAAUGUCCAUGAAACAUCGCCAACAGACUCUCAAGAUAAAUUACAGCAUAGUUCCAAGAGUGGUCUGAAGUCGUCAUCGUUUUAUCCAAAGUUAAAGAAUUUUAAGAAGAAUUUCUUGAAAUCGAAACAGAGCAAGGCAGAUGGUAGUUUUAACGAUAGCGGUUUGGGGCAGGAUACAUCAAAGAGUGAAGAAUUUCUGGAAAGUUCAGAUUUCUCGGAAAAGGAUAUAAAGAGAGAGAAUGUUGAACUGACAGAAAGUCAGGAUGUUGUCCGACCUCAAAAUAUCGAAUCCAAAACCGUUGAUUCUCCAGCAUCAUCUCAAAAAAGCAUUAAUCCUACGAAAUCUAACCAAUCUUACACAAGUAAAAGUGAAGUACCCCAAACUUUGGUUCAAAUUGAGCAGCCUCCUUCUUCCAAAGGCAAGGAAACUAUCCCCUCUUCACCUACAAGUCCUGUUAUGUCCCCAAGAAGUGCAAGAAAGCGUUUCUUUCAAGGAGGGAACCGUGUUACACCAGUCGCUGUUACAGCCAACGAGAGUGGAGGAAACCGUCGCGGUAAAGAGGAUAAAACUGCAUCGAAUGUGGUCGUAGCCUCUCAAGAGAAUCGCGGUGAUGAAGGAAGAAUAACAACUGAGAAAAUUGUUGAGAAAAAUGGAAGAAUAGCAAGAGAUACUGAUAUUUUUGUACAUGCAUCAUCGCCAGUUACGUCUACCGAUAAUCUUCCUGAGAAACUUGAUUCAAGAAGAAUGAAUGAUACGACCGUAAAGUCAGCACAACCUCGUUUUCAAUUCGAGCCAAAGUCGCAUGAAGAUAAAGAACGAUUUCCUCCAACUUCAAAAGAAAGCAUGAAUGAAGAGUCUCAAGAGAGAACAACAAGUUACCGAAUCAGCGAAGUCUCAUCAAGGACAACUAAAUCAAGGAAUAGGAAAAGUGAGAGCGAUGAGAAUAGUUCUAGAUUUGCUAACAGCUUCAUGAGAGGAGACGACCAAAACUCUACUGCUCUGCCUAACACAAACACAGUAAUUGCCCACAAGAAUACUACAACAUACAGUAUGAGUACUACCAACAUUACAAAGAAAGCAGAUUCCGAAGAAAGUCGAAGUACUGGUAUGAACACACAAAUGAACGUUGGUUUGAAUGGACAACGAAAUUCCUUACAUGAAGAGUCCGUUAUUGUGAACACUGAUCACGAAGCGAAAAACAAAGAUACUGGAUACAAAGGCUUGACUGUCGAGAUUAACCAAGAUAGCACAAACACUGAUUUAGUUUCAAAACACGAGGAGCUCAACACGAAGGAUAGUAAAGAAUCGGAAACUGUCAUUUCUAAAACCAAGCAUCGUAGCUUCUUUAGCACGAAAAUCUUCACGAGCGCAGGAAGGACUAACUCAUCUCAAAGUAAACACAAGCCUGAGAAGAAAGAGGGUGAAGAGUUUUUGGGGGAGAGUGAAGUCACAAGAGAGAAAAAAGAUACAACGGCUGUGGGUGUAAGUGAAGAUCCCGUGAAGAUAGGAAAAGAUAUUGAGCUGGAAACUUCGAAUCAAGUUUUGAAAAAAGAAGAUAACGAGGCAACUUCAAAGAAGAACAACAGUAAAGAAACUGCGAAGUCUCGUGAAGUAUUAAAAGAAGGAAAGAAGACUAAGAAUUCUAGCCAAACUUCAAGAGAAGAAAAAAGUGAAUUCGGAACAAAAAUCAAAGGAUUCAUCACAAAAGUUUUACCUCAAAAAGAUAAAAGCUCGUCGAAGGAGAACGCCGAUAAAGAAGAAAUAGUUCCCGGAAAGACAAAGGUUAAUGAAUUGGAAAGACCUUCAGACGAAAACAACAAUGCAACCGCGACUGUGUCUGUUACAGCAAGUCCGAUUGAAGAAAGAAAGGAUACCUUGUCCGAUACCACAACCAAAUCCAGAAGAAACACUUUUGUGGCAAAACAUUUGGGCGAAUCUGAUAGCGAAAAAACAAGGACAUCGGAAGAAGAAGAAAACCAAGUGAAACCUGGAACGAUAGAACUAGAUUCAUCAAAUAAAAAUGAACGAAGAACUAGAUAUAUAUCCAAGGUGAAGCACAUGGGUGAUUCUAAGACUGUAAAAACGGGAAGCGUUGAAAAGCUAUCAGAAAAACAAUCUAGUUUUAGUAACAAAAAGUUUACAACUCUAGCAGCUAAUGAAAGUUAUACUACACAGAGAAAUAUUGAGAAUGGAAAUGGUAAAAUGAAUGCAACUAGUUCUUUCGUGAACAAAGAUACACCAGGAGCCAAAGGUGUAGAAAACGAGACCGUUUCAAAGACAGAAGUACUGGACAACGUCGAAGCAUUUGAUUCAGUUUUUGAUUUUUUCGAAAAAGCAUUCAAUGAUCAAGAGUGCAAAGAUGGCAAGGAGGGAUCUUUGUCUAAACCAGAAAAACUAGAAACGCCAGACGAAUUGGGGAAACUGGAAAGUAGUAUGAUGGUGUUAACUAGCACAAUGUAUCCUGAAAAGAACUUUGGAGUUGCCAAAGAAAGUGAGAAUAAAGUAAAGAGGGAUGAAAAGCAGUUUGUGAAAGAUACUAAACAAGAUUUCGUUGUGUUGAACGAUAGGGGAGAAAGACUACACAUGUCGACUACAGAAGUUAGUUUGAAUACAACUGAUGCAAAACGCAAAGAAAUUGUCUCAAACAUGCAGAACAAAGGCAAUACGACAGCGCAUGUAAUGGAGGCUUUAGAGAGUGAAGGAGAUAGAAGUUUGGAAGAGAUAAAAGGAUUUACGAUCAAGCAUACGAAAACAAGCAGUCUUGUUCUCAACAAGAGCAUGGAAGAUAAUUUGGAGACUGUUGGUGAAGAUGAUGAUGGCGAUAAAAAGUUUCAGGAGAAUUUGAAACAUGAAGAGUUGAAUAUCAAACAAGGUAAUUGUACCACUACACUCUUACAUUAUUCUUCUGUUAUAGCAAGGGCUUGAAAUAACGGCCUGCCAAAGGCAAGCUAUAUUUCAGAAAUGGCAGGCGAAAAAGAUUUGACCUCCCAACUCAAAAAUAAAAUGGCAGGCGAAAUUCUACAAAAACAAAAUGGCGUCCAAUAGUUGACGACACAAUCGCUUUGCAUGUUGCCAUUUUCGGUUAGCGGUUUUCCGUAACGUCACGGUUCCUAAUAAUGAAAUGAAAUAAAACAGUUACAGUAAGUAGGGCAAAUACAUAAAUGAUUGAUAUGCACGAAGAAAAUUAACAUUUAAUCUUUUUGUUCAUUCUUGAGACCAUUAUGGCAGUAAAAAAAUAGAAAUGGCUGACCAUAAUUUAUUCGACUAUUUUUUGGCAGGCCAUAUGUUUUUCCUACUUGGAGUCCUGGUUAUAACGAAGUACAAAAAUUAUAGUCAAUCUACCCUUGAGUGCUAACAACUCACUCCUAGAUUAACCGCGAAGUUAAUAAUUACAUAUUUUUUCACUCCUUUUUUAGAUUACUCAAGAAACGCAAAAACCCAAAUAGCUGAAAGUACAAGAUUAGUUGACAACGAAGUAGAGCAUGGCACAUCCAGUCAGAAAGAUCAAAAUGCAACCGAACAUAACCCGGCACGGGGUGCUACAUCUUUCCUGGUAAACCACGAAGACAUCAAUAAAGAACAACAGCUGAAAUAUGUUGAAAAAGUCAUGGUGUCUGUCCGUCGUGGCGCGAGCGAUGUUAAGAAAGUGGUGCGAGAAUCUACCGACAAGCCAAACGUAGAAUCAAGUGAAUUAUACUCGCGUCCAGGUUCCAAACUUUUGGAACACGUCCGGACGAGUUCUGGAAACGAUAAUGGUGACAGGAAUUCGGAGGUAGUCCGUACUCAUGAGAUGCCUGCGGAAGAAGCUAACUUAGCCCGUUCCAGCCCUGAGAGUGGUUUUGGAAAUGGUAUAACAAGCAUCCAAUCCUCGUUUCCAUUUUCUAAACCUUUGGGACACGGUCGUUCGAGUUCUGGAGAAGGUAUUGUUGAGAUGAUCUUAACCCAUGAUGUGGCUUCUGAGGACGCGAGGUUUGCCCGUUCGAGCCCUGGGAAGAAUGGCGGAAAAGGCGUUACCAAACAAGAUAAAACGAGAAUUUUGAACGUCGAUGAGGAUUGGGGGCAUGUUAUUGAAGAAUUCGCCGUGAAGAAUAAAGAAGAAACAACAAAUGCCUUGAAUGAAGAAAGCCAUGACGUUGGUAAUGACAGUGGAGACGAAUUACUUCAACUCCUUGAAGAAGAAAUCGGUCUGGAAAACACUCCGAAACAACCUGAAGAUACGUCUACUCCCAUUCAAGGUGACAAAACUAGGAACUCUACCAAGUCUAGUGGUGAUUCACCCAAUAGCCAGUUCAACAGUACCGCUGGUGGAUCGCAAACAUUGAUUCAUACAACAAGCAAGUCGGUAGAAGUUGUGGAUAAUACGGAUGGUCCACGGUUUGGCAAAUUUUUGGAUGCAGAAGGUAUUGAAUAUAGCUUGUCAAGAAUUACAUACCAUACCAUACCAUAUACCAUACACCAUACCAUACCAUGCCAUACCAUACCAUACCAUACCACACCAUACCAUACCAUACCACACCAUACCAUACCAUACCAUACCAUACUAUGCCAUACUAUGCCAUACCAUACCAUACCUAUUACCAUACCAUACUAUGCCAUAUACCAUACCACAUACCACACCCUACCAUACCAUACCAUACCAUGUUUUGCUUUUUUAGCUUUGCUUUAUUUUACUUCACUUUAACUUAUUGUAUUGUAGAAAGCAAGAAAUUUGGUACACCCAGAAAUGAAAUGGCUGCUACUGGACCGUUUAUGCCCACAACCCAAUCAUCUAGUUCCACUUCAAACAAUUUCGUUGAAACUGUAGAAAUGAAAUCAACUCCACCACCAUCAAGUAUAAAACCCCAGACAAAAAAACAAACCACAACUUUUUAUAACAAUUCUCAAGAACAACAGACAGCAACCAGUACACGUUUAGUGACCUCGCUAAAACAACAGAACGAAACGGUCGUUAGUAGCAAACUUAGCCGACCUAAAUCUUUAAUGAAUAAAGAAACAAAGAAAGCCACGGUGUCCACUUUGCAAGAAAAUAGCCAGUUCAAGGGAGGUACAGGAGUGAAAGAUUCCUCAGUGUCGAUGGAGAAACGAAGAUACGAGCCAAGGAAUGAAAUGUUGGCUACAAAUGUGGUUCCCAAGCAAAAACCAAAACCACCCCCUGUGCUGCCAAAACCAAAACGAAAUAAAGGUAUGUGACAAUGGUUGUUGUUGGGGGUUAGUCUACUGUAUGCAGCAGACUUGUAGCAAUGCUGUUCCAACAACUUGUCAACAGGAUGUAUUCGCACUGCUUGUUCCCAGCUUGUUGACAACUUGCUACAAGGUUGUUGAGCUCAACAGACUUUGUUACAAGUUGUUCCAACAACUGAGUCGGCACGAAGCUCUCGGAAGAUGUUCUGUGAUUGGUUGAUUAUGACAAUGACGAAAGAAUAAGCUAUAGAAUGGAUUUUCUAAAGAACGAAGCAAGAACAAUAUUCCUUUUGAAGUUUUGUUUAUGUAAGCUAUAAUUACGUCUUUUGUCAUUGUCAUAAUCAACCAGUCACAGAACAUCUUCCUAGAGCUUCGUGUUUACUGCAACAACUUCUUAUCUUCCUGCAAUUCAACAAUUUGUCAACAAGUUGUGAGUGACAAUCUUGUAGCAACUUGAUAAAAUAACAACAUUGUUAGAACUUGUUGACAAGCUUGCUCCAAGCCAGUUGCGAACACAUCUUGUUGACAAGUUGUGAGAUUUUUACGUGUGUACACCCUGUCCAAUGGAAUUGGCAUCUUCCUACAGGAAAAGAAGUAUCACAAGUUAAGAUUGGAGAUGUAAGACAUGAUGAAAACGAGCAAAGGAAGCCAGCUGGAUUUCUGGAUGUCCAAAACAACAAUCUCUCCUUUGUUGGUUUUCAGCCGUUUCAAGGAAACUACCAGGGGAACGCCGUGAAAGACGAGCAGAAGAUGUUUCAUUCUACACAAAACUACCAGGCUGCUGGAUUUUCUCGUGAGAGUUUUACUAGUGGCAGAGUUAUAAGUACAGAAAGAAGAGAGGUGUCUAGUAGUGUCACUAUGAAACAAUUUAAAAACGAAAGUAUGGCGGCUACAAGUGAAACAUUCAAGCAGCCUAAGAAUGGAGGGGUGAGUAGUAGUGGUAGGAGUAGUUGUAGUGGUGAUGAUGAUGAAGGUGGUGAUGUCAAGAAAUGGUGAUGGUGUUAUCUUUGAUGAUGAUACUGGUGAUGAUGGUGACGAUGAUGAAAGUGGUGAUGUCAGAUGAUGGUUAAUUUGGACUUGAUGGUGAUGAUGAUGAAGGUGGUGUUGUCAAUGACAAUGGUUGUUGGUCUUGAUGAUGAUAAUAGUGAUGAUGGUGGUGGUGAUGAUGGUGGUGGUAAUGGUGGUGAUGUCAGGUGAUGGUGAUGGUGUUUGUUGGUCUUGAUGAUGAUAAUGGUGAUCGUGAUGAUAGUGGUGGUGAUGGUGAAGGUGGUGAAUUCAGAUGAUGGUGAUGGUUUGGAUGUUAUGGUGAUAAUGCAAAUGAUGGUGAUGAUUGUGGUGUUAGUGUUGAGAUGUUGGUAGUAAUUGUAAUUGCUUCUACACUCUCGAAAGUAUGAAUAAACAAUGUUUCAAAACUGUUUGUUGCUGUUACUGCCUGUAAUGAUUGAUUAUAUUAUUCAUUUAGAGUGUAAGUGAGAUACUGAGACGAAAUGAGAGCAAUAAAGAGAAGACUUCAAAUAAUGUCAAACAACGUAAAAAUAGAGGAACGACUGCAAGCGAAACAAGCGAAGAUCUCUCAGUUCGACUACAAAGAUUGCUCUGUGAAGAUGAUUCAAUGUCUGAACCAGAAGAUAGCUCCGUUACUCAUGAAGCAUCUUCAACAAUUUACUCAUUCAGCGAGGAUUCAGAGUUCGAUACAAAUCUUAUGGCACGCAGGUAUAAAAGUCUUGAAAGACCAAGAAAGACUCCUGCUACUGCGAAGAUCCCUAGGAGUUCACAUGUAUUCAUGGAUGAGUCAUCGGAUGAAGAGAUUUUUAGAAAUACUACGAAGUUAAAUUACAGGAUGUACUCCAAAACAUUGUAAUAAUUUGAAACGAUUUGGGAGUGUUUUUGAGGCGGUUAUAUCUGUCUGUUAUCUGCACAAAGACUGUAUGUAAAUAACGUCUUGUAAUAGCUUAGGUUUAGUGUUGCUAUAUAAUCCUGGAUGUUUAAGUUUACUCAAGGGUAGUCUACAACAUUUAUGGGCAUUAAAGAAUUGUUUCUAUGGUCGCCUGCCAGGCUGACUACUUUUUCCGGGGUGCGGCUUCUCGUAUAAUUUCCUGUUAAUUUUUAUCUUUUGUUAAUAUGGGACGUGACCUGGCUGACCUAUAUCCAUUACGCGUAAGUGUUCUGUUUGGCCAGUACAAUGCCGUUUGAUUUAUUUCGAUUAUAAAAUCAUAUGAUGAGUUAAAUGUCCGCCUUCAUAGGAACACCCACUUUAAUACAGAUCUAAUACAGACAUUCAAUGAUUUUCGUGAAACAUUUAUAACCAUUCAGUGACAUUCAAAUGCUCAACACAGAAACAUUAAAAUAUUAACAACUUUUCUAGGAAAAAUUGUUCGUUUACCGAAGUUGUAUGCCAUUUUUAAUCGCAUUUUAACUAGAAUUUUUAACACAAGUAAACUGCACUUUAUUUUUGUAUUUUAAUUUAUGUAAUACUAAUGUAUGUUAAUGUAGUAACUUUGCAAGUUGUUGAAUAUUAAUCAAGAAAAAAGUC